AUGAGAACUAAAAGAUUAUCAAGCAAAGAAAAAGAAGAGGUGCGGGCUGAAUUAGAUAAAAUUAAUAAAAAGUUAUAUAAAGAUCUGCAAGGCCACGAUUUAAAAAGAAUAAAAAAAGAAACUCCCGAGAUGUUAGCCUCCAUCUACGCCCAACUCUACGAGGACGGCAAAACAUUAGUAAGAAUAAAGGAAAGAACCUCCACCAACCGACCCUAUGAGGAAGUAAAAAAACAACAGGAAAUUCAAGAAAAAUGGGAAGAAACCUUCGCUUCCAAGUGGGAAGAUAUGGAGACCAAAAUAAAUGAUUGA